UCCAAACGAGAGAGCCGGAGGAGCUGGUAACCCGCUUCACCAUCCACAGCCUGCCUCCACGUUACCAACAAACACCUGAGAACACCGCAGAAUGUCUGAAGAAAAGCCAAAGGAGGGAGUGAAGACGGAGAACGACCACAUUAACCUCAAGGUAGCUGGUCAGGAUGGCUCGGUCGUACAGUUCAAAAUCAAGAGGCACACUCCGCUCAGCAAACUAAUGAAGGCGUACUGCGAAAGACAGGGUUUGUCAAUUCGUCAGAUAAGGUUUAGGUUCGAUGGACAGCCAAUUAAUGAAACAGACACACCUGCACAGCUGGAGAUGGAGGAUGAGGACACUAUUGAUGUAUUUCAGCAACAGACAGGAGGAGUCCAUUCUUAAGGGGGAUGUUGCGUCUGGGAAGAACAUCGACACCAUUUUUUCUCAUGUUGUAUUUGUUUAUUUCUGUUUCUCCUUAACACUUCAUUUUCUUUUCUCUUUUCUUUCACUGUGCUUGGCUAAAUGUAACGACGAUUUACAACAAAACAAAGGUUUUCAUUGCGGGCCAAAUCUUGACUUUGAGAUGCAGGGUAACUUUUUAAACAUGUUUUAUUCACAUUAAUGGAUGAUUCUGAAAUUGUCCAAGGCAGGGAAACGUCUCAAAUCAGAUAUGGUUUGUAAUGAAAAAAAAAAAAACAACCUCCACCGUGGUCUUGUGAUGUUGAGAUGACCUCUUGCAUGUCUCAUUAAUCAUGAGCUGGAUUACAUGCCAAUUUAAUGUUUAUUUUGUUUAAGUUUUCCAGAUUGUUGUAAGCAUUAAAAGUCACAACGGGCAUAACGAUUUUAAACCAGGAUGCUGACGGUGGUUAUCUGUCUACACAUGGGAAAGACAUUACAACAUGUUUCUUAUGUAACUUGUAGGUUUUUUUUUUUCUUUUUUCUUUUCAAAGGACCAUUCGAUAUAUUUUGAGGGGGUCCAUGCCCAAUUUACCUUCAACAAUGCUUGUGCUUGGAAAGAUCUAUAUGGAUGAUUUACCUCAAUACUGUUACCCUCAAAGCAGAUUUACCUGAAUGGUUAAUAAACUGUGGUAAGGUUUUUGGACCAAAAAUCUUCCAUGGAAAUGGUUCUUUUAUAAAAAAAUGUUUGGUUAAUAUAAAAAUGUAGAUGUAAAGGUUGCUGUAACUCAGUGGUUGAUAUUAUUAAACAGGGGGCCGAACAUGUAAAUUGACUUGUUUGUACCUUUUCAGGACUGUAGAAAAACACCUAAUGUCUCCAGAAACAGCCUCAUCUAAGGUUCAAUAUUUCAGUCGGUCUAUACGUAUACAUGCUGUGUUGCCAAUUUGAAUAAGUUUGUAAAAAAAUCUAUCCAAGCAUUCUCAACUUAUUCUUUGUUUAAUGCUUGUGUGUUGGUAGAAAUUUUCUUGCAUAAGAAUGUCCACCUGCAUUUUAAAAAUUAACAUUUUAGAUUUUGCACGGCGACAUUGGCAGAUGUUCCACAGUUUUGUUUUGUUUUUUAUUUGUACAUUAUUUGUUGUCCCUAUACUGUAUACAAUAAAUAUAGUUUGAUACUCAGCCUCUUGAA